AUGGCUGAUAAAUCAGAGUUUGAUCCCCAGCUUAUCAUCUCUCACAAAUUCCCCGAGUUCACUUAUAGUUAUACUGAAAGAGAUGCUGCACUCUAUGCCCUUGGUGUUGGAGCAUGUGCAGACGAUGCCGUGAAUGACAAGGAGCUCAAAUAUGUUUACCAUCAUGAUGGCCAGCAAUCCAUCCUGGUUUUGCCAACAUUCGCUGCUUUAUUUUCUCUUCAUUUCAGUUCACAACUUGCACAGCUACCAGGAUUUCAAUAUGAUCCACGUCUUCUGUUGCAUGGACAACAGUAUGUUGAAAUUUACAAGCCCCUUCCUUCUAGUGGUUGUAUUCUAAAUAAGGCAACUGUUGCUGGAUUACACGAUAAAGUUAAGGCAGCUGUUCUUGAAAUCGAAGUUGUAAGUUAUGAGAAAGACACUGGUGAAAUGCUAUGUAUGAACAGGAUGACUGUUUUUUUGAGAGGUGCUGGUGGCUUUUCGAAAUCAUCCCAGCCAUACUCCUAUACCCGAUAUCUAGCUAAUCAGACAUCGGAUUAUAAGAUCCCAAAAACUCAACCAUUUUCAGUAUAUGAACAAUGUACACAACCAUCGCAGGCAUUGCUGUACAGGCUCUCUGGUGAUUACAACCCCUUGCACUCGGACCCUGCGAUUGCAGAAAUUGCAGGAUUUUCUCGUCCAAUAUUACAUGGGCUUUGCACACUCGGGUUUGCAGUUAGAGCUAUCAUCAAAUGUGUCUGCAACGGAGAACCAAAUAUGAUCAAAAGCAUAUCCGGCAGAUUUCUGUUGCAUGUCUAUCCUGGUGAAACCAUAAUAACUGAAAUGUGGCUUGAAGGUUCAAGGGUGUUAUAUCAGGUGAAGGUUAAAGAACGAAACAGGGCUGUGCUUUCUGGCUAUGUGAAACUCGAUCGCCUAAGUUCAUCUCUGUAA